UAAAUCUCAAUUUUAUUAUUAAACAGUUGACAGUUCACGUUUGACUCUUGUUCUCAAUAUUCAUUCUUCUUAGGAUGAGUUGCUGCUGUGGAAUUGGGUGUUGGUUGUUGACCACUGGUUUAGUGGUACUACUGGGUUUAAUAUUUUCCAAAAAAGACCCACCAAAAAUUGCUGGGGUUUAUUCUCGCCCAGGAAAACUGUACUGGUUGAAGGCCGUCGUGUUUUACUUACUUAUCAAGUUAAGAAAGUGGAAAGAUGCCCGAGCAGUAAAGCAACAAUCUCGAGAUCACACAAGGUUGGACACAUACAAUUCUGGGUAUGGAACCAAGUCAAAAUCCAAUCCGGAUGAUAUGGAAAAAGUCCAAAAGUUGUCGACCCAUUUUCAAGCUAUCGAUGCAAUCUACUUCAACGGAGCUAAUUCUCAGGGUUUCUCUAUUGUGACGGGUACUGCAAGAAGACCGCAUGGCGUGGUCAACGGUUUCUUCAUUGUCAGAAUUCCUGAAUUGGGAUAUCUCGUCAGCCCGAAAUUUCCCGAUUCUUUAACUUUUGGUGGAACAGAGGAAUUUUAUGGUGCGGAAGGAUUUCGUUAUGAACCCGUCGUGCCAAUGAAACAAUGGAAAUUGGAGUAUAAAGGAGAAUUAAAAUUUUUGGAAAGCGGAAAGAAAGUCAAAGUCAAUUUUAAAGCGGAUUGGAAAUCUGAGCUGGAUUAUUUUGACUUUGACAACAUGAUCCCAACCUGGACCAUGGCGAGAGCUAUGUCGCUUGAAAGAUGGAGUCAAGAAUAUUUCCAAACGCUUAAAGAAGCACAUCAAACUCAUUACGAGCAGCAUGGUGAUUUGAUCGGAGAAAUUGAGGUUGAUGGAAAAAAGUACGAACUUAAAAUGCCUUCAAUGCGAGAUCACAGCUAUGGGAUUAAGCGAAACUGGAAGUUACUUCACCGCUAUAAUAUGCACAUGUUUUCCUUGGAGGACGGAAGACGGUUUGACAUUGGUAACGUUUGUCAUCCGUGUGUGACGUCAAGAUUGGAAACCGGAUACAUGUAUGAUCACGAUGGUUCACUUUACGCCUUGGAAAAAGUUGACCAUUCUCUUCAUGAUCACGGCGAAUUGGGUGAUCCACCAAAAGAUUAUGGAAUGAUGGUCAAGGCGACAAAUGGGCACACGUACUACGUCCAGGUGAAAGUACUAGAGUCGCUAGAAUUGCAUAUUGGAUGGGAGUGGGAAGCCAAAAUUGUGGAGCGUCGAUGCAAGUUUGUUGUGGAUGGGGUUGAGGGGUACGGAAUAUCUGAAUGCAUGUACCGUCAUACUACCGGGCGCCCGGAAGAGUUUGCAAAAACUGACCCCGAAUGGGUCAAGGAUGUCAAAACUGUUUAAAAAUGAGUUGUGAAAUACAGAAUAAAGAAUUUAAAUGAUGAGAUACAUA